CUGACCUGAUCUGCCUGCCCUGGCCUUUCAAAGUGCUAGGAUUACAGGCGUGAGCCAUGGCACCUGGCCUAUGUAUUCAUUUUAUAACAGUUAUUGAAUACUUUGUGUGAUGUCCUGGUUUAUACUAAUGAAUGAGAUGGCCAGGUCCCUAACAUUAAGCGGUUUUGAUUUAAUUGUAUGGAGAAGAGGUAGGUAACUCAAUCAUUGCUAGAAGCAUAUGUAUAUGUGUCUUCAUUGCUUAUGGGAAUGUGAAUAGGGAACAUCAAAAUUAGACUAAGCACUCAGAAUAGGGGAUUGUUUGAGCUGAGUUUUGAAGAAAGUUUGCAAGAUGAAUUAGUGAAAGAAUGAUACUGUAAGCACAAGAAUUUCUGUACCCGAAGUCAUAGAAGCAUGAGCCACUGAAGGAAUUCUCUAGCUCUCCGUGGCCAUUUACAUUUAAAUUUGUUAAGAUUAAGUGAAUUGCCCCACUGGCUGCUCUGAAAAGUCAUCUUUACAUUGUUGCUCCUCUGUCCGACUAUGUGCUCACAGCCAGCCACCUCAGCCACCACGGACUCCAGCAGCUUUAUCUCCAGAGUCCCUGAACUCUCACUUUCUUUUUAAUCCCCUGCAUUGGAUCACUGGCUUGCCCUACCAUGUCAGAUGCAGCUGUAGAUAACAGCUUCGAAAUCACCACCCAAGGACUUAAGGAGAAGGAGGAAGUUGUGGAAGAGGCGGCAAAUGGAAGAGAUACCCCUGUUAAUGGAAAUGAUAAUGAGGAAAAUGGGGAGCAGGAGGUUGUCAAUGAGGUAGAUGAAAGAGAGGAAGAAGGUGGGGAGGAACAGGAUGAAGAAGAAGGUGAUAGUGAGGAAGAGGAAGCUGAGUCUGCUGUAGGCAAGUGGGCAGCUGAAGAUGAUGAGCUUGACGAUGUCGAUACCAAGAAGCAGAAGACCGAUGACGAUGACUAGACAGCAAGAAAGGAAAAGUCAAACUAAAAAAAAAA